UUCCUGAUAUAUUUGUCAGGGACCAUGCAAAACAAUUGUUUCACCGAAUUUUAGCUACCUAGCUUAUUUUCAUUUGCAGCCCCUAUGCGUUGUAACCGUGACUUCAUGAAACAGUGAAUUAUAAAGCAAAGGUGUCCAUGCUUGGCUUCUCAAUAUCGAGGACAGGUAAGACCAUGUUGGUAAAGGUAGAUAUAUGUCUUAUGUGGGCCAUGUUCAUCGCUCUGAUUAGAUGCAGUAUACAACACAUAUGCUACUGUAAAUGGAUAAUUACCAUGUAUUAUUUGACAAAGAUUGAAUUAUAUGAAUAAACUAGGCUAAGGGGAUUCUUAAAAAGUUCAAAGAAAUACUACUGUAUUUUGUAUUUUUUCAGUUCAUGGCCGUGUAUGGGCACUCUAACGUCUAGCUGGCUACCACUGUAUAAUGAAUAUGGUGUUGAUAGGUUUUGCUGAUGCUGUGCAGUGUACUGUAUCAGUCUGGUAUACAGUAGUGUUUUCUGAGAAUUGUGAUGAACAUGGGGGAGAGAACAAUAACUGGUUACGCGCGGCCAUCUAUACAGAAACAGAUUUUUUUCACCCACCUCCACUAUUGACUAUGACUGAGGGAUAUAUUUGAAUGACAAUACUUUGUGCUGUGCAAUCACACAGCUGCCCUGUGUGUGUGAUUUAAAAAAAUAAAAGACAGUGCUGGAUUGAGGGACAUUGAGCAUUGAGCCGUCACCCCCAUCCACCGCCAACAUGACUAUGGGAAAGAUCAUCUUUUACGAAGACAGGAACUUCCAGGGUCACUCUCAUGAGUGCAGCAGCGACUGUGCUGACCUGCACUCCUACUUCAACCGCUGCAACUCCAUCAAAGUUGAGAGCGGAUGCUUCAUGGUCUACGAGCGCCCCAACUACAUGGGAAACCAGUACUUUGUGAGGAGGGGAGAGUACUCAGAUAACCAGCAAAUGAUUGGCAUCAAUGACUGCAUCAGGUCCUGCCGUAUGAUCCCCAUGCACAGUGGCCAGUAUAGAAUGAGAAUGUACGAUCGUCCUGACAUGGGCGGCCAGAUGAAUGAGCUGAGCGACGACUGCCCCAACGUCCAGGACCGUUUCCGUAUGUCCGACAUCAACUCCUGCAACGUGAUGGAUGGCCACUGGCUGAUGUUCGACCAGCCCAACUACAAGGGCAGGCAGUACUAUGUGAGGCCCGGCGAGUACAGGAGGUUCAACAACUGGGGAGGAUUGAGCCCCAAGAUCGGCUCCCUCAGAAGGAUCACCGACUUCAACUGAACGAGAGCUCCAAUUUGAACUAUCAACUGUCACUCUUGUCCACAAUAAACGUUGAUUCAUGAUAAAAAAA